AUGGCGCCCUAUGACAGCGAUGAUGAUGACCGGCGAAGGGACCGCUUUCCUCGCGAACGUGGUUAUGGCGCUGACCGCAAUGGAGGCGCUGUUAAUAACGAAAACGUUGAAAGACGUGCCCCUUUCAAACGAAGUUACCCGGGUCCGCCACGCCGUGAUGACGACAAUGCAAAGCGCCCGAGAAAUGACAACGAUGCCGGCGAGCUACUUAGCCUGAAAGCAUACGCCGCUGAGCAGAACAUCGCUCUGGAUGCAGAGGAGUUGGGCGAAAAAUAUGCUACUUACAAAGACGAGUACAACAAGCGUAUUUGCAAACAGUUCUUCGAGGCUCACAAGGAGGAAGAAUGGUUUAAGAAACGAUAUCAUCCAACUCAAUUGGCGGCGAGCGAAGCCCAGCGAAGAGAAGCCAUCGUGAAGAGGAUCGAAGCUUACAAUAAGCUUUCGGAAAUGGGCUAUCUCAGCGAGUUGAGUCUGGAUCCCACGAAUGCCCGAAAUGUUGUGAGGCUUUUGAAUGCUGCUGCUGUCCUCGUCAACGGCGGUGACGAUGAGAAGCUGGAAAGGGUUAUGAAGAUGGAAAUUACUGAUGCUGCUGUGCAAGAUGUGUUAAACGACGGACUGGAGUUGCCUGCCGAAUCGGAUAAGGAAUCAGAGCCGUCGUUGUUGGAAUGGUACGCAGGGAUCUUUAUUCGCUGCAUUCCCCCAUCGAUGACUGAUAAUGAACUCCAUGAAGUUUGCCAACGUUAUCCGGGUUACAAUCAACUCCACUUCUUCCCCGUGCAACCUGAAACUCGCUGGUCGCGUAAAGCCAUUGCAGCCUUCAGAACCAACGUUGACCUGAAAGACUUGUGCAUUGGAAUCAAUGGUGUCAGGGUGAAAGGAAGCGAUUUGGUUGCUUAUUUGGCUCCAAAUACCGGUGAGCGUGUGCGUGUUUCUCAUCCAUUCAUCAAUCACAAGCCGAUCGCUCUCGCCUUCCUGCACAAAGCAACGAAGAUCCUUGCCUUGCUGGACAAGAAGAGCGGCCAAUUUUUGGGUGAUGCCGAGGAAGAGCAACCCGAAGAAAUUCGGAAAAACAUUGCAAUCGGAUUCGACUACGUCUCGGCCUCAACAAAUCCAUUAAUUGUAAAGGCUCGUGAAGUCUUGCCAAAAAGUCUAGACGAUGACGAGGCUCUCAGACGUGCCGACAAGAUUCCCGAUGCUGCUGACGUAGUUUUCGAACGCGAUGAGCGCGUUAUCAAAGUGCUUGAUGAGAUUACUUUUUACCUCCGCGUCGUCUAUUCCUUUGACCUUUUCGAUUACAACAGAAUUGACGAUGAGGAGACGCUUCCGAAUAAUCUGGAAAUGCUCCACAUAAGAGGUCAAGACAUCAAGCCAUCAUCCGAUGAUGCUUUGCCGAUCUUUAAGAAAGGAGCGCUACGGAUCUUUGAGCAAGAGGUACAAAAGCAAUUGGAGCCAUUUUACACAGCUCGUUUCGUAUCAGAUGCACAGUUGGCUGCUCUAGGUACUAUGGACCCCGAAAGUGCGGUCGAAGAAUUGAUAAAGAAAAAUACGGUUCAGCUCAGCGAGGAAAAGUGGCUGUGUCCGUUAUCGGGCAAGAAAUUCAAGGGUCCCGAAUUUAUCCGCAAGCACAUCACCAGCAAACAUAUGGACGCCGUUGAUGCGGUUAAAGCGGAGUCGCUAUUUUUCAACAACUAUUUGCUGGAUGCCGACCGGCCCUGUGAUACUGGAUCUGAUGCACAGGAAUCUAGAGUUAACGACCCACGUGAGCGCCGUCGUAUGGCACCAGUGCGGCGUGAGGAGCGUUCGCCACGAAAGGAGCCGAUGCGUCGCUUCAUCGCCUACAAGGAUCUCGAUGCGGUCGAAGACAGCGUCCCAAAUCCCUUC